CCGGCCCUCAGAGAGCCGGCUGGGAGGGAGGGAGGGCGCUGGGGGUACGGCCCCCCCACCGUGCCUACCGACAUGGGCACAGCUUCCCUCUCCCACCACCCCUCCAUCGGCCGGGGCUAGGACAUCCCCAAGUCCUGUCGCCCCCGUGGCACCGACACCGAGGCAGAGAUACAGCCAGCCGCCACCACCGCUGCCGCAGCCUGGCUGGGGAGGGGGCCCGUCCCCCAGGCCCCCCGCCCCGUUGAGGUGAGCAGAAUGGAGCUGUGGCCUGGGCCCUGGACGGUGCUGCUGCUGCUGCUCCUGCUCCUGCUGUCCACCCUGUGGCUCUGCAGUUCCAGUGCCAAGUACUUCUUCAAGAUGGCCUUUUACAACGGCUGGAUCCUCUUCCUGGCUGUACUCGCCAUCCCUCUGUGUGCUGUGCGAGGUCGCAAUGUCGAGAACAUGAAGAUCUUACGUCUGCUGCUGCUCCACAUCAAAUACCUGUAUGGGAUCCGAGUGGAGGUGCGGGGCGCUCAGCACUUCCCUCCCACGCAGCCCUACGUUGUGGUGUCCAACCACCAGAGCUCCAUCGACCUGCUCGGGAUGAUGGAGGUGUUGCCAGACCGCUGUGUGCCCAUUGCCAAGCGUGAGCUACUGUGGGCUGGCUCUGUCGGGCUGGUCUGCUGGCUAGCAGGAGUCAUCUUCAUUAACCGGAAACGCACAGGAGAUGCCAUCAGUGUCAUGUCUGAGGUGGCCCAGACCCUGCUCACCCAGGAUGUGAGAGUCUGGGUUUUUCCUGAAGGAACAAGAAACCACAAUGGCUCCAUGCUGCCCUUCAAACGUGGCGCCUUCCACCUUGCCGUACAAGCCCAGGUCCCCAUUGUCCCCAUAGUCAUGUCCUCCUAUCAAGACUUCUACUGCAAAAAGGAACGCCGCUUCACCUCGGGACGAUGUCAGGUGCGGGUGCUGCCCCCAGUGCCCACAGAAGGGCUGACACCAGAUGACGUCCCAGCUCUGGCAGACAGAGUCCGGCACUCCAUGCUCACCAUCUUCCGGGAGAUCUCCACUGACGGCCUGGGUGGUGGCGACUGUCUGAAGAAGCCUGGGGGAGCAGGCGAGGCCCGGCUCUGAGCUC